UGGUUAGUCUUUCUACCAGCUAGCCGUUAAGGGGGCGUGAACAUACGUAGCUAGCAAGCCUAACGUUAGCCUAUGUUUUGCGAUUCUGAGGCCUUGCUAGCUAGAAGCUAGCCAACAUUAGCUCACUGGCCUCUAACCAUUCGUUGACAUGUCUCUCGGGGCUUGCAGUGUAUACGCCAUGUUUAUUUAGUCUGUAGUGUCACUUUGGUUCUUUGAUGUGACCCCUUUUUUGUAACGUUAGAGAGACCGCUAGCUUAGAUAAAGUCAAUAUCAACGUUAAAGCUGCACGUCAACAUUUUAGUUAGGUAUGCACAGGCUAACCUUAAGUCUGCCAAUUUACGUUAAUAGAUUUGGAGCAAAUUCAACACAAAUGGCAACUAACGAUAUCGAGCUUUUCACGAUACAAUAUUAACUAUGCAUUAGUCUGUUUGGCAAUCAUAUAUAUUUACUGUCUGAACGACGCGCCAGCCAGAACUUUGCCCCGAGGACGAGCUGAGGUUCUACGCUAGCUGGCUAGCUCAGCAGUUAGUCCUCUUGUUUUGCCAUUGAUGUCAACUGAGUUUGUACACUGACAUUACAACAGUUGGCCAGCUAGCUACCUUGCAGGUGCAUUGUUCAGUCAUUGGUUGCAACGUUGCGGUACCGUGCACAAUUAACACUCUUGAUUCCUACCUAACCAAGUAGUCAUUACUUUUCCACUGAAGUUUGCCUUCCAAGGCCUUCGUGGAUAGCUAUGCUGGCUAACAAGUGACUAGCUCUCGACAUGUUGACCGUGUAGCACAGCAUAAUGUGUCCAACAUAACAUUAGCGAGCUAGCCAACGCCGCCAUGCAUGUACUACAGAGAAUUUCUAGUGACAGGGUGCCGUUUGCAUGUGAGCGACUGGUUGUGUAUACAUUAGCGACAAUUGCGUUAUGUUGACGGAAAUUCAUGCUUGUCGAAUAUGUCAGCAUGUUAACUCGGGUCUUUCGAACUUUCGGAGAAAUCAGUCUAAGAUAACGUUAUCUUUAGUUGGCUAACUAAAGUUAGCCAAGUUACAAGUCCUGCUGAGAUGGCAACGUUUACUUUAGCAAAGUGUUUUAAUCUGAAUGUUUUUUUUUUUUAAUGAAUGGCAAAUGAGAUUGCACGUGUGAGAGACUAACUUUGGAUGCUGUGUGCAUAACGGCUUGCUGUUUAAGAAUGGAAUGCGUGUUGGACUAAUUCCUCUAAAUAUGCAAAACGCUUUUGGGUUUUCCCUCAUCCGCAGGUGUGUGCGCUGUCAAUAACGUUAGGCUAACUUAUUGCAGCCAACGACGUGUUAACAUUAGGUUCACCCACAUCAGAUGGCUUCAUUGUUGAAUGAAUGUUUUCAUAACAUGUCUGAAGCCAAGUUAUUAAUUCUGUGCAACACUUCAUGACGUGAGGACAUUCUUAAGAUUGAUAGUAAUCCCUGAUGCGCCAAGAUAGUUCUACGGUGACCGCCACAAUUGAUCAGUUGGAUGACUCCUUGUUGCUUGGCCAGAACUUGGAAUGUGAAGCAAGUGAUGAGUUUGGAUCAGGUCACAAAAGACCAGACGACUCGUUAAAGAACAUGCUCAGUGACAAAGAUCCUAUGUUCGGGUCUGCCAGCACACAGUUCCAUCUGCUGGACAAUGAUGAGUCUAACUUUGCCAACAUAACAGGUCACAGCAUGAGUGCAUCAGGACGCGGCCGUGGUGUCUCCAGGGGUCAGUCGGCUGGCGGCAGGAUGCUAAGGGGUGGCAGGAGAGGCUCAAGGGGUGGGAGGGGAGCGAGUGGUGCACCCAGGAAUGCUUCGAGCCCAGCAGAGCAAGGUGGCGGCAGAGGUUCAGGGAGAGGCGUGCGGGGAAGACGCACGGGCCCGGGCAGGAGAGGGGUUAGCAUCAGGAGGGCAGGAAGAGGCCGCAGAGCAGCGGACAGCAGCCCGCCAGGUUCCAGCUCCUCCGACGAUUCCCCCCGGCGGCGGAAGCGCGAGCUGCUUCUGAGCAGACGGUACAGCGCAAACGACGUCCCCCCCUCCAUGAACCCUGUUGUGGUGCUGAGGCGCCUGACCGUUACCGUCGGCGGCUUCCGCAUUGAGCUGCUCCCGGGACCGUCCCACCUGGCUGGCGUAGCGAGCCUCACCGUGGAUCAGGGCACACACGAGGGACUAGUGUGUGUGGACGGCAUGGGCGUCAGUGUGAACGCAGAGGACAUCAUGACUGCGGACAGCUCAGCAGUAGUGGAAGCCGCCCGGGACCCACGCACAGCUGCCCAGCAGAAGAAGGUGACGGUGGUCUCCGCUGGUGAUGCAGCAAUGGACCUCGGACCGUAUGUGAACCCUAAUGAAGUCCAAAACACCAAUGGUGCUCUAUUGCCGAAACCUGCUGCCAAGGUUUCUGCUUCGUUGGUCCCUAAAGCAGCCAGUGACCAAAAUGACCCUCCAAAGCCCAAGGCCAGCAAGAUGCAGGGGAAGAACAACAUGGCGCUGCCGGACUCGCCCACCAAGCAUUUCAAAUCAAAGGAGGCCUUGUCCUCCCCCAAACCCAAGCCGACAGUACCUGAGAAACCCGGUACUGCCAGAAAGAGCCUAAACCAUCCCCACCUGAAGAAGGUACCACCCCGAGGCAUGCUGAAGAACCCUGCGGACUUGAAAAGAAAGUUGCAGAACAAUGUAGCAUUGAAACGGCCUGGAGAGCCGAUUAAGGCUGGAUCUGUGCCUAAAGUGCAGAAGAUCAGGCAGGAAACUUCCACCAAGCAACCGGUCAAGCCAGGUGCACCCAGGCCUGAAAUCAACAAGCUGCAGCAGGCGCCAAGGCCACAGGGACCAAGGCCGCAGCCCCCUCCGCCUCAUCCUCCCUCUCUUCCUCCUCACCCCAGCGCCCAGCAGAGCCCCCACAAGCAGGCCGGCCUCCCCCAGAGGAAGCCUCCACAGAGCCCCUCGCUGGUCAAAAAGCUGGAGCAGGGAGCCCUGAAGGAGCUGGCUGAGAACGAGGAGCAGGAGCGCCACCGGCUACGCAAGGAGAAGGUCCUGCAGAAGCAGCGCAGUCGCAGCGCGCGCAGCGUCUCCGUGGAGGAGCCCGAGCUCUUCAUCCCCGACAAUGCCCCGCCCUCCGCCAAGAAGGAAACCGUGGAGGAAGAGCCCGCUGACGAGGCCCAGUGGGAUCCCAGCAAGCACUGCGGCCUCUGCAAGAAAGCCCACAGCAACAGGUUCAUGGUCGGUUGUGGGCGCUGUGACGACUGGUUCCAUGGCGACUGCGUGGGCCUGGACCUGGACAAAGUCCAGCAGAUGGAGCAGGAGGACCAAGAGUAUGUAUGCCUGCGUUGCUGUGAAGAUGAGGAUGCCACCCGCGCCGAGCCCAGUGCCUCGGACUCCGUCGCCAAAGACCACGCGCCCAAGAACGACGCCCAGCAGCCCUCCAAACACAAGCAGGGCCAAGGGGUCACCACGGGGGGAGUCAGACCAUUCAGAAAGGAUUCCACUCAUUCAGAAAGGAGGCAGUCAUCAGAAUCAAAAGAUUAUACACACAAAAGUGGAUCAACUGUAAAGACAGAGAAACAUAAAGCUAAAAUUUCAUCUGUAAGCAUGAAGCAACCAUCCACAGACCAAAUCCGACGGAAUGUCCGGCACACUCUGAAGGAUAUCCUUUUGAGCAGAUUGAAAGAUUCUGACCUCAAAGUUUCCUCAGAGAAGGUUGCUGAGGUGGCCAAGAAAACAGAAAAAGAACUCUAUUCAUUUUUUCAAGGCACAGAUAGCAAAUACAAAAGCAAAUACAGAAGCUUGACUUUCAACCUGAAGGACACCAAAAACAACGUACUAUUUAAACGUGUUCUUCUAGGGGAAAUCUCUCCAGGAGACCUCAUUCGUAUGAGCCCAGAAGAGUUGGCCUCUAAAGAAUUGGCUGCUUGGAGACAAAGGGAAAAUAGACACACUAUAGAAAUGAUCGAAAAAGAACAGCGAGAGGCAGAGAGGCGACCCAUCACUAAAAUCACCCACAAAGGAGAGAUUGAGAUCGAGAACCAGGAGCCAAUGAAAGCCCCCGAUGUCGUAGAAGUAGAGCCUGAACCAGUCCCCAAAGCUCCAGAAGAGCCAGAGGAGAAGCCCCAGGUGGCAGAGCCGGAGUCCCCUAAAGACGUCAAAGACACCACCAGCCUGCACAAGUCCCAUCUCUUUGAUCUCAACUGCAAGAUAUGUACUGGGCGAAUGGUUCCCCCUGUGGAGGAGCCGGUCACUAAGGUGGUUAAAGUAGCCACCACCGUUACGAAACGUCCAUCUACUUCGGAAGUCGAGGCUGCCCCCGCACCUUCAUCAGGGAUAACUGACGAACUUGACGCUUUAGAGGGCAGUCUUAUGACAUCCGGAAUCUUCUCCAGCUUUGAAGGACGAUCUGAAAGUCUGAGUAAUAAGGACGAUCCAGCAGCAUUUCUUGCCAACUUGGAAUGCCUGUGGAAUGGUUUUGUGGAUAUGGCCGCAGUAGCCAAGCUGUUAACAAAAGCCUAUCCAGUCUCGGGAACUUUGGACAAUUUAACUGAGGAUCUACCAGAGAACAUUCAAGUUGGUGGAAGGAUCUCACCACAAAUAGUGUGGGACUAUGUUGAAAAAAUCCGGGCCUCUGGAACAAAAGAGCUGUGUGUGAUUCGGUUCACCCCGGAGACAGAAGAAGACGAGAUAUCAUACACGUUACUUUAUGCUUACUUCAGCAGUCGGCGGAGAUAUGGAGUGGUUGCUAAUAACCGAAAGUUCGUUAAAGACAUGUAUCUCAUCCCGUUGGGUGCAACGGAAAAAAUUCCUCAUCAUAUUGUACCUUUUGAUGGUCCAGGAUUAGAGUCCAAUCGCCCAAAUCUUUUGCUGGGACUUAUUAUCAGACAGCGGCCAAAAAGGGACUAUGGUGCUAUUCUUCCCAUGCCUGCAAGUAGCCCUGCAGGUGUCUUACCUGAGACUGAAAAAACAGCUGAUCUGGUCACAAAACCAGCAAAGGUUCUGCAUGUGGAAAAUGACUUUGUCAGCUCUUUGAAAGUUCCCUCAGUAAAGGAGGCUACACCACAUAAGCCAUCAGAGACUGAUGAUCCAUUGGGGACUGACCCUAUAGUAACUGAGGACUCAGCCACAGACCUUGGUCUGCUGGAUUCAUCUAAACCACUUCGAUUCCUCCCUGGGGUACUCAAAUCUGCAUCAUCCAAGGCAAGCAAGUUGACUGUGACUGAGGAUGAAGCAAGCAUAGCACAGAUCAUCACAGGGCAUCAGGCCUUCCAGAGUGAUACCGGAAGUCAGGGAGGCCCGGUCAAACCCACCACGCCCACCACCCCUCUAAGUCGAUUUAUUAUAAAGAAGAAGGAUUCCAAAACUGUCAAAAUGGAAGCAGGUCCAUCCAGUGAGACAGUGAAAUCUGUUACAGAUUCCAAAACAAUCAAAUUGCAGGCAGAUCCAUCUAGUAAAUCUGACACAUCAGUCACUGAUUCUAAAUCAGUCAAGACUGAUACAAGUCCAUCCGUUAAAAUGGAAAAAUCGGUCACAGAUUCACAAUCGGCCAAGACUGAUGCAAGUCCAUCCAUUAAAAUGGAAAAAACAGUCACAGAUUCACAAUCGGACAAGAUUAAUACAAGUCCAUCCAGUAAAAUAGAAAAAAUAGUCGCAGAUUCACAAUCGGGCAAGACUAAUACAAGUCCAUCCAUUAAAAUGGAAAAACCGGUCACAGAUUCACAGUCGGCCAAGACUGAUGCAAGUCCAUCCGUUAAAACUAAAAAAAUUGACACAGAUUUCAAAUCAGCCAAGACAGAGGCAGGUCAAUCCAGCAACACUGUGGAAUCUGAGACUGACUCCAUAUCAGCUAAAAUCUUAGGAGGUCCAUCAAAUGACACUGAGAAGUCUGUCCUUGAUAACUUAAUAGGAAAACAGAAAAGUGAUGUGCCAAGCAGCACAUUGCUGGUGUCUCUGAAAGAUAAACCAGCAGAUGUUUCCACAGAGGUGUUUCUUGCCAGCCUCUCCUCACCCAAUAAACCUGAGCCCAGCACCUCUGAUUCAUCAAAAGAAGCUGACACACUGUCUAACAGUGUCAACUUGAGCCCAGAUAAACAGUCUAGUCCAGAUUCCACAACAGCUACUCUUUUGGACACUUCUGUUGAGGACAAACCUUCCACUACUUCAGCUAUCCCAGGAUUGUCCAGUCCAACAAGUAGUCCAAAACAGCCUUUUGCUGGUAUUUUAAAAAGCAGCUUAGAACAACCAAAACCAACCGAUGCAAAGAUGUCACCUCCUGAGCCUGAGGAUUCGGUUUCAGACAGAAAGCAUUCUGAGCAACCAGAUGCUCAGGAAGGGUCAAAAGACAACAAAAAUGAGGCUCUACAUUCAGCGUCUGUGCCUAGCUCCUCAGAUCUAUCUCCAAAAGAAUUCCAACCUUUGAGAGACAUCCAAAGCAUCAAGACCAUUUCUUCUAACUGCAAGAGCAAAGACCCUCUGUCACCGCGUCCCUCUCUUCUCAACUCUCCCCCUUAUUCCCCCCUGCUGUUCUCGGCCCACCACCUGCCCGGUUUCCUCCCCCAAGUGCUACGGGCCCAUUUCACCUCACCUCGCCACUGCCAAAUUACUCUGCCCACAAUCCUCCACCUUUUCUGCCACCACAAAUCUCUUCCAACAUGGGCUACCCGCCACCAGGGCCUCCAGCCAUGAUGUUUUCCCAGAGUCAGACUCCUUCCCCUUCUUGGACUCCAUCCGGCCCUCCUCUUCAGCCUGGCUUCCCCCCACCUCUCAACUUACUUCCGGGUCCGCCAUUGCCUUUUGGAACUCCAAGGUUUGCCGCCGAACCUGCGAAACCUGCCCACGUCUCGCCUAAAGAGAAAGGACCAGAUCAGCGCUAUCACGACCCCUGGGAAAGGCCGCGACGCUCUGAGGACAGCGGACACAAGAAGCAAGACCGGGAUCACCAUAGCCGAUCGAGGCAUAACUAUGAGAAGAAAAGCAGGCACCACGAUCGGGAUUAUGACCGAGAACGAGGAAAGCGUGAUCGGCGGAGCCGCAGCAGAACCAGGAGCAGAAGCCGAAGUCGGAGCAGAAGUAGAAGCCGGAGUCGGAGCAGAAGUCGGAGUCGAGACCGACACCACAGGGACCGGAGCAAGCACUCGAAGGAUGACCGCCAUUCGGACAGACGGAAAGACAGACAUAGUGAUGACUACAGUGGCCGUCACAAAGAUAAAGACAGGGACAAACACAGACGUGAUUCUGGACACGAGAAGGGAAAGAAGAGCUCAAGAGACAGACGCUCUUGAUUUUUACAAAUCAAAGCAAAAACAUUUGCUUUUAUGCCUUUUUCCUUACAAAAGCUUUUUUUAUUUUUCAGUACAAUAGAUCAAAUGUCUGUAGUUAUUGAUGUCCAAAACGUGCAGCUUUUUUUUAAAACAGACUUGAAAGAAAAACAAAGAAAAAAAAACAUUUUUUAGGUUGAGUUACAGAUUUUAAACUUUCAUUUUAAUGGUUUUGCUUGCACUGACCACAUAGGCAACUGUGAUUGCUCAUAUCUAUGAUACAGUCGACAAGUAACUUUCUUACUCUGCAUGACUCAUCUAAAUGCAAGUGGUCAAAAUUAACACAACGCUUCAAGAAGUCUACUACAAACAUGGAUUAUUUUUGUCAUGAAAGCAGUUUUUCCUCAACUGUUAUCUCUUUCUUGUUUGUAUUUUUAAAUGUCCCUUCCCGAAUGUCCUUUUCUUUUUUUGUUUCGAAUUGUUUUGAGAUAAUUAUUGUCUUUGUACAUCUUGGCUUGUCAUGCACAUUAGAAAUCAAGUGUGCAUUCAGCACCUUGUGUUUUUUCUGUACAGUUCAUAAUAAAGCUAAUCUUUUAUUGUU